GAAUUAUUAUCAUCAUCAUCAUCAUCAUCAUCAGAAUCGAUUAUCAUUUCCAUCAUCAUUAUCUCAACGCCAUCAACAACGGAAAUAAAUACACAUCCAUUAUCAACGAUAGCAGCGGCAAUCUGUAGUAUGGAUAAUCAGGAAAGAAAAUCUAUUCAAAAUCAAUUUGAAAAUAAUAAUAUACAAGAUCCAAAUCUAUGUUUAUUGAAUCUAAUUCAACAACAAGCUGAUAUACGUUUUCAGUCAUUAUUGAAACGUUAUGAAAAUUAUCUAGCAACAGCAAUUGAAUCCUGUUUGAAUUCUGUACGAUCUGUUGAUCAAAUUAUUGCUGCUGCUGCGGCUGCAGCAGCAGCAGCAUCAGCAGCUGCUGCUUCUUCCUCUGCCGCUACCACCAACAAUUCGGAUCGCGUGACCACAUCAUCAUCAUCAACUGCUAACGAUGCUGUUCCAUCAACCAAAUUAUCAUCAACAACAAUACCAAUAACUGGUCCAUCAUCUGGUCAUAAUCAUAAUCACCAUCAUAAUAGUAAUAAUCAAUUAUCAUCACUAACAAUAGCAUUAUCAAAA